AUUGAUCAGGCUUGGAACAGCUCCUCAGACGUCAUGCGCACAAACUCAACAUUUACUGCUUUAGCUUCAUGAAGGGCUAUUUCCCCUGUCUUUCAAGUCAAUUCCUUCGGACCUUAACUCUUUUACCCCAGUUGUGUUCGAAGUUCUCCCUCCACCCAACAAGGCCUGCUUAGCUGCAAAGCUCUAGCUACCCCGCCCCGCAAUGAGCUCCAAAGCAACCACUGAAAGGAUCGAGGGUGAUACAUCUGGGCCGACCAAAGCACAGAUCUUGGACAAAGUCUUCUCGCUUGCAACACAAUUCAGCACUUGUGUCGAAGCCUUCAACCUCAUCCAUCCGUCCAAGGACAACGACCAUGCGCAGAAAGUCGCGCUAGCAAAAUUGGGUGUGCAGCAGGGCAGACUGCUCAUCUUUGGCGAUGCAGUUGGUAUCUCUGCCCCACCUGCGACUAUCGCCAGGCACAUGAUCCCAAGCCACCCUGGAAUCACAAACCCCGAUCCGCAUCUUCCAGUCAACUUCGGUGUAAGAGAUGCCCGUCUGGAAGACGGUGCGAUUCAUGAGAAGGUUAGGAAAGCGCUGAACGAGAUCGCCGGUCGACCGGGCCAUCUUUCAAGAGAUGAAUUGAUGGAAAAGUAUGGCUUGAAGAGUCCAAAACGUUUCAACAUGCUCGAGCACCCAGCAUUGGACACAAACCGAAUGGAGGCCUUCCGUGAGAAGUAUGGCUUGCUUCAAGAUCUUGUCCGACAGAGUGGCGCCCGGGCCAACAUCAAACGAGCCAUGAGCAUGACUACAAAUCACUGGACUGUCAAAGACACCACGAAAUUCGACGAGUUUGUCAGAGCCGUCCGUAUCGAAGUCGACGGUCUGAUAAACCUCCUCGGUGUGAAUGAGCAGGUUGAUCGAGGAAUGAAAAGCGAUAUCCGCUCUAUGGCAUGGCAUCCGGAGCUCUCAGGGCCCGUCGUGCAACAAGAUUGGGAGAAGCUGCGUCUCAUCCGCGAGGCAUGCGAGAUCGACUAUCCGCAGUACAUCGAGGUUGCUGAUACAGCACUUCAAUACAUCAACGAUGAGCUAAGGGAGACGUCCCUUGCUAACCACCGAGCUUCUCUUGGCGUGCCAGUAGGCGGUGCAGCUGGUGCGCGGCGGAAGUCAGACUACGAAUUACGAGCUCAUCCCGAGGUGGCUCAGAAGAGGGGUUCAAGUGGUCCGGAAGAGAAGACGGCCAUCCAGCUCGCUGCCGAGAACGUCUUGAACCCACCAAAGCCAGUAAGGCGGCCCAGCAACAACAAGAACAGCUACAACAGUCAGAAAGAGAAGCGACCUGGUUGGCUUAAUGCUUUCAAAUUCAAGUCCUGGUCCAAGAGCCAUAAGCACGAGAAGGGACAAUCGAACAGUCUCCCAGGAUCUGAAGACCCCGUGCGCUCACUCUCAGUCCCACAGAACGAGGUCUUGCCAUCGACUACCACAGGUGAAGAGUUCCAUGGCCUCGAACCCGUUCGCUCCAAGAGCGUGGGUGAAAUUCCAAGUGGACCGGCACUAGAUCUUGAUUUGAGGAUGCAGGAUCUAGCUGUUGAUUACAGGAAGAGCGGGGAGCAACAGGCUCCAACGAUAGCAGUGGACAGCCCAAACAGAGCGACGUUCGACAAAAACGAGCUUGAACAGAUCAAGACUGUCAGCAGUGAUGGUGACCAGUACAACAUUGUGCCUGCCACCACAGUGAACAGUCUGAUCGAUCGCCACGACAUGUACAAGGGAAUGGGUCGCAUUGAGACCAAAGACAUUAGGAACGUGGCACACGAGCCGAGAGGCGGCUUCGAGUGAUGAGCGUUGGUUUGUUGGGAAUUUUCUGAGGUUUUGCGUCGAUACCAAAUCAUUUCGUUCGUUAUUUCUGUCACCCAUAGUAUGUGAAAGCUUAUCCUAGUACAAAUGUACUACAUCGACACCUUCCUAUCUUUUCUCGCGCCUCUACUUGGAAUCUUGCGUUGAUGUUCGACCUCAGCACGCAUCCCAAUGUAUAUACCAUGCGGAUAUGCACUCAUUGCCUUGCAGAAACGAGGGUUCUAUGGCGUGGGGGGUUGUGCAUGUACGUCUUCGUAUCGUAGCGGGACCGCCCAUUAGCACAUAAGAUCUUGCAAAGU